UGUAGGUGCAUUAUCAAUGACGACAUUUUUUUUAUUUGUUUUUACGUUCUUCCAAUUACUCUUAAUCCAUCUAAAAUAUUUAAUUAUAACAAUAAGAAAAUUUGCUACAAUUCGAAUAUUUUUGUUUGAACGCUUUAGAGGUGGAAAAAGUUUGUGAAAGGUGUUUUUCUAAUGAUAAAAUAAAGUGACCUGUUUUUGUAGUGAACGACGCUGUGAUACUCAACAAGCGGGGUUUAAAGUACCGUUAGUUAUUGCCAGUUUGUUACGUAGCAAGUUUAGUCGCGGGUGGGAAUUGUCGCGAUUUUAGAAAGAGUAGGGGUUGUAUACGGGAAAAGUAGAGGGGUGAUCGUUAAUAUCAUCGGUUCUAACAGGUGCUUGUCACCCCGAAAAAAAAAACAAAAAAGUCCGCGAGUGAAAAAAUCAAAAUAAAAAGAAAACAUUGAAAAACUGCUUCAACUGUUCUUUGGUUACAUUUUGAUAGGCGAUUUCAUUCAAGGUCAAUAACCUGUAGCAUCUGUAAUUCUUCCCGUUCCUGAAAUAUGUGCUAAUUUUUUAAACAGUCAAAUUAUAUCGCUGGUAUCAUGAAUUUCACACCAUUCGGUGUUCCGUUUAGCGGAUCGUUACCUGUUAGUGCUCAAUUUACAACAAAUGGAAAAUUUCCACAAAAUAUUAAUGGUCAAGUAGUUGGCGUGCUACAAGGCGGGGAAGGUGGGGUACAUUAUUUACGACCUGUUGAAAGUGCAUCUGGAUCAAAUGAUCAAAAUAAUUGUAAUAACCAAGCUCAAGCAGCUGCCCAACAAAUGGCAAAUUUACUAUCCCCAACGCUAAUUACUUUGCCAAUCACAAUGCCUGGCGCAAAACCUGGUGAUCCACAGCAAACUGUUCAAAUUCAAGUCAUAGCAGGCCAACCUCAACCGAAAUAUCAAGUAGCACCACUUCCUAUACAUUCAUUUCAACAGCAAGGCAAUGGGCAAGCGGUCUUAACUGUAGCCUACAAUGGCGAACAACAAAAUGGUGUAUUACUUGCGGAUGGUUCACAGGGUCUUCCAGAGGGUGUAACGGUUGUUGCUGCCUUACAACCGCAUGAUUUACAAUUGUUACAAGCUGGUGCUACAUUACAAGCAGCUCAUCCACAAGAUUGUGAAAACAAUGGCGAAGAAGAUGAAGACAAAAAUAGCAAAGAUCAGAUAAUGAAACCGGAAACAGUUAAUAUAAAAACAGAAAUUAUGCAUGAAAAUGAUAAUACGAUUGUUAAUGAUUAUUUACAAAGAAUGCAAAAUAAUUCAUUAAUCAACCAAUAUCUUAAGUUUACUGCCGAGACAAUAAAACGAGAAUCUCAAAUCGAAUGCAGUCCAUUAGGUUCAACUCCUGACAACUCAAUGUCGGAUGAAACACAAUUAGUAGUUAGUAUGGAUCCAGAGAGUCAAGAGGGUGAUCAAAAUGCUGAAAACGGUGAAAAGGGUAAAAAACGUAAAAAAUAUAAAAAACAACCAAAACCAAAAAAACCAAAACCAGGUCAAGUCUUAAUUGCUACUGCAUUGGAUGGUACAACAUUAUUCUGUUGUCCUGAAUGUCACAUGGCAUAUCCUGAAAAAGAGUUGUUGGAGCAACAUUUAAUUGGGCAUAAAAUUGAACGUCGAUUUAUUUGUCAUAUUUGUGGUGCUGGUUUGAAACGUAAAGAACAUUUAGAACGGCAUAAAUUGGGCCACAGCCCUGAUCGACCUUUUAUUUGUUCUGUAUGUUUGAAAGGAUUCAAACGAAAAGAACAUUUAAAUUUACAUUAUGUUAUUCAUUCUGGUGAGAAAACUGAGGUUUGUGGGGAGUGCGGAAAAGGAUUUUAUAGAAAAGAUCAUUUACGAAAACAUGCACGAUCGCAUGCUGCUCGUCGAUUAAAAGAAGAAAUGCAACAAGCGCAGGCUAAAGCUGCUUUACAAGGACAACCUAGUCCGCAAACUACCCAACAACAACAACAGCAGCAGCAGCAACCGCCACAGCAACAACAGCCACAAACUCAACAACAUCACCUUACUAUCCAAGUUAGUAACGAAGCUAUGGAAGCUAUGGGUAUUAAUCCAAACAAUGUGCCUAACAAUCAAAUUCAACUUCCUGUUCAAAUUCAAGUGCCCCAACAUCACUUACAAAUUGGCAAUUCAGCUGGUGACGGUGAUGUGAAUGGUGAUGAUUCAACUGAUCAACAAAUUAGUACAGUUGUGUUACCAUCAGCAGCGGAAACAACACAAAUUCAAGUCCCUGUCCAAAUACAAGUUCCACAACAUCAUCUAGUAAAUAAUAUCAAACGUGAAAUAAAUUUAAAUGGCGGUGAUAAUAAUUCAACAAAUGACCAACAAAUUAGCACUGUUGUAUUACCAACAGCUGCUGAAACAGGUGCAAUGGCUAUAUUACAUCAAGCAACGACAAAUACUCAACAGCAACACUGAUCUAUACUGUUUAUUGCGAUUAUCAUCCAUAUCGCUCUCACUAACUCAAUUCUUAUACUGUUGAGAUUGUCUUACUUGAGACGUCAAAAUAUCAUGUGCCCUGAUAAAUGGAAAAUGUGUGUUUUGUACAUAAAAGGACAAAGACAACAAGAGUUUAUCAAAAAAUUUCUUUAGAGAUUAUUAAAAAAUAGGAUUUUGGAUUUAUUUUUUGUGUGUAUUAUAAUUUUGAACAAAAUACGGAAGCGGUGUUGUUUAGCUUUUUAAAAUCAACAAUAGGCAAUUUUAACGACGCAACAAUCGAGCUAGUGUAUUGAGCUUAGUUUUUUUUC